AUGUCUCAAAAGUACGAUCGAAAGCACAAAGAAAAGUUUGGUAACCAUCGACGCGGCUCAGCUCCUGCUGGCAACGGCACCGGAAACCCUCCGCCAAAGCACCAUGGGCGGCCCCAUGACUCAAGUGAUCGACGCCAAGAUAAGAUCGCUCAACGCAAUGAAUCUGCUGUCAACCUCAGCUUCGACCAGAACACCAUUGCCGCCCCUCGUGCCGACUCUCGCAGCCCCAGUCCAAGCCCCGGUGACGAUGGCAAUCAUGAUGAAGCCAACAAUGACGAACCCACCGCCUCCCUCAGUCCGUCCCUGGAUGUUUUGCCGCACGAGUCAGGGAGCCUAUCCCUGAGCGGGCGCCCUCCCCUGCUCGUGUUCCCGAGCCGUAUGCCCUUGGUUCCACCGGCGAGCCCCUUGCAUCUGAGAUUACAGACCGACUACAGAGAGUUGAGUGAAUUGGCACAAUUAUAUCAACACCUUCAGAAGGCCCUUGAUGAUGAAGCCGCCAAGCUAGUCGAGCUUCGAGCUGAUCUUGAAGAUCAGAUCAACGAUCUCAGGCAGGAGCUUGAAGGGGCCCAUUAUAGCAACAGAGAUACUGACAGUCGGCCCUACAUAAGCAGCAGUGAAGACUACGUCACUCGCCGAGAGCAUUAG